GUGUGACUGACAUAAAUCACAGACCUGUCCAGGCGAAGCUCUGACAAGGUUCCUCCGGUUGCAGUGACCGUAUUCUGUACUGAGGAAACCCGGCAAAGUUUCUUUCUGUCCGGGAAACUAGGAGACUUCUUUUGGUCUUUUACACUUGAAGGAUCUUCGGUAAUGGAUCAAUUAAAAUCGGUCCUAAGCGGCGAAGAGUCGCGACGGGAGGACCGCAACAUAUUACAGUCUGUGAAUGAAGCCUCCACGUUAGGCUGGGGAACACGCAUAAAAGGAUUCAUCGCCUGUUUCGUUGUGGGAGCUGCGUGUACAGUUGUGGGAGUGUGCAUGCUGUUCUUGCCCAAGGUUGGUCUCACUCUCUUCAUUGUCUUCUACACAUUUGGAAACAUUUGUGCUCUUUGCAGCACAAUGUUUCUGAUGGGCCCGGUGAAGCAGCUGAAGAGGAUGUGUGAUAAAACAAGAGCACUGGCCACCACUCUCAUGCUAACCUGCCUUGUUUUAACUCUGUGUGCAGCUUUCUGGUGGAAGAACUUUGGACUUGCUUUAUUAUUUUGCAUUUUGCAGAUCUUGUCCUUUUCUUGGUACAGUCUGUCAUACAUCCCCUGUGUCAGGGAGGCAAUCUUGAAAGGUGUGGCUCUCUGCAUAAAGUGACACUGCUGUUUGGAGCAAAGGAUAUAGGCUAAAUUAAGUAUUUUAAACACUGGGAUGGGGCUCUGGAAGAAGCUGCUCAAAACCUCCUGCACUAAUGGCUCUGCUUGAAGAGUCUGUGAUUCUUCAAGGCAAAAUAGGCAAAACACACCUUUUACCUCAAUAGAUUUUUUUUUUCUGUUGAGUCUAUUGAUCAUUUUUAAGUGAAUCUUAACUGUGGCCUUUAAUUGUAUUAUGCGUAAAUAUCUGUACAAAUAAAUACAUUAAAGCUUU